AUGUCGACUCAAGAAAACAAAACCGUUCAAACUGCACUCAAUGAUGCCAGAGCUGAGAUCAUGAGUCUGCGGUCAGAUACGGCACAUCAAAUUCUGGAGCGAGAUCUUAAAAUCAACGAUCUCGAAUGUGAGCUCGAGAGGUCUCGAAAGCGGUGCCAGUUGCUGGAAGAUAACCUUCAGCGCCAAAAAGAAAGCAGUCUCUCGCCAGAAACAAAAAUUACUCUUGCGGAAAUCAAAAACUUUACCGCCGAAUCACAUGCGUUUUUGAAAGUACAAAGUGAGGUAUUUCAACGCUUGAAGAGUAAAUUUCAGAAGCAGUGUGGCACACAGCAGGAGAAAGAGCCCGCGGUACAGAGAUCUGAUGAAAUGGUGACAGCGUCGUCUGGAGAACGAGACUUUUCGACGAUGGAAACAGAAGGAGACAGAGCAAGUCACAUACCGGUCGCACUUACAGGACGGAACGAAGAGCAAAAGGGGAAGAGCACGCUCAGUAAGCCGUUUGAUCUUUCAAAGCGCAGCAUUUUUGAAAUCGACGGUACCAAGGAGUCUAAUCUUGAUACUCAUUCGCACUUGCCGCCGAAUGUUUCACUUGGAGCAGAACAUCAGGGUGCUAAGAACAAGAAGCGGAAACGAGACGAGGAAGUCUCGGAAGGCUUGAACACGGAUCCUGUUCAUACUUGA